GUCUGACUACUUGGAACACAACAGUGUAUAUUCAACAGAGCAGGCCGCACUGUGGUCAGAAAAUGCUUUGGAUAUAAAUGCAAUAUCUACCAAACACUACGAUCAACAAGAUGAAAAGGAGAACACAACUGGUUUUGCUGGCUGCCUGCACUGUCAUGCUCAUUUGCUUUGCACAGGCCGAAGAAUCAUCAGAUAUGUGCGACUUCUCUGGCCUCGACUUGGAGAAAAUGGUCGACAACAUUUUCCGGCGUGUCCCCGCGUCGUACUCAACACCAAGAGAUAAGCCGCUGCAAAUCAUACCAGAAAUUACGAUUGACGCUCCUGUGAUCAAAGGGUUGGAUAAGUUCGAACUUUACGGUCCAGUGUUCAGCUAUUGCCGCAACGGCGCCAAGCUCGUCCAAGUAGAUAUCGUCUUUGAUCGCCUGAUAGAGCUGUCUGCGACAUGGAAAACUUGCAGUGGAACAGAGGGAGUCAUUGGAACAUACGGAACAGCCAGAGUUACCGUGACUUUCGAGGUGGUCAAUGCUACUCGUGAAGAUGGUCUCCAGGAAAAAGGAAUGAAGCUGGUUCUUCACGGUUAUCCGAAGGCUGUUGGAGUCGAUGUCGUUAGCGUGUACAUUCGUGGCGCAGGUGAACUGUUGGGUAACUUUGUAGCAGCAUCGAGAAUAUUUCUGCCUAAACUACCCAUGGAGUUAUUAACGGACGUCGUUACUUUUCGACUCCGGCAGAUAGUAAAAGAUUUGACUGAACGUCCGUGACAGGCUGUUUAGGCAAAACGCAGUCUCGACCAUUCAAUACUUGCGGGCCUUGUAUGUCGACAGCAAAGAUCACAUAAACUGCAGAGGAACGCAACAAACUUGUUCCGCUCUACAUUCCGAAAUGUUUGGAAAUAUACCACCAUUUAUUUAAUAAAUAA